AUGACGGCGGCAGCCAACGUAAUUCGACUGGGCACGAUAUUCAUCCGGUUGGUAGCUACGAUCUGCACAGGCAGAGGUCAUCGUCAUUCUCUGCACGAUUCAGGCAAGCCGGUGGACCGAACAGCAUUGACAAUUUUGCUCGCUCAUGGCAGCGAGCCGCCUAUUUUCCUGAAGUACUUCCCCGGCGCUCGUCAGUUGUGGCAGUUGGGUCGGACGAAGAUCGGGUCUCAAGAUGGGACGAAGAUCCCGAGUUACGAGGCUCUGGUUCAUUCGGCCAGGGGUCUGCCUUAA